AUGGAUAUCCUGGCGGUUAGGGACUUCGCAAUUUCAGAACCAUUGCAAGAGGUUCAAUGGAUGGUCCAUGUCUCCGGCAAUCUUGUGUCCCUCACGGGUACACGGAGGUUUGAGUCUAGAAACCUUGCUCAAAUCAUAAAUAAGGUGUUAGGAGAGAAACGAAAAGGAACAGUAUUGCGGAAAGGCGACCGAGAUUUGUCUGGCGAGGGAUAUGGAUAUUUGAAUGGCGAAGACGGGGGCGGCAUUUUCCCCCGUACUGGGGAAAUGCGGAGCAAUGGAAAUUCAGAGCGAAGGGGAAAGGAGGUGCUUGACUCCUUGAGCGACUUUGACCGUGAUUGCAGGACGGUCUCUCAGGGGCAGAGUCCAAAUAACCUGUGUAUCCGUGCUCACUGGGACCCUUGGUGGGCCUGGAGGCACAAGCGGCCCUGGCCACGAAUACGGAGCAAUAACGGAUAUUCACGAACCACUGCCAUCGAGGUCUGGACAGGUGGACAAACCCGGUUCAAUAUCGUCGUCCGUGAACUCUCCGAAAGAGUUUUUGGCAUAGCUUCCUCUCAGAUGGUUUCCACCAUGAUCAAAUGA